AUGUCUCCUCCCCCCGAUGAUGUCUUCCGGGGAGGACCCACGGGGGGAGAGCGGCAGAGCUCCGCCAAUUCCUCGCCGGAGUUCGAGUUCUGGAGGGCCCGCGAUCCCUCCGCUGUCGAGCCCCCCCUCCUCUCCGCCGACGAGCUCUUCCUCGACGGCGUCAUCCUCCCCCUCCGCCUCCUCCGCCACCCCGCCGCCCCCCAUCGGCCGCCGGCGAGUACCGCCGCCGCAACGGUCAGCUCCGCGGCGGCGCUGGGCCCCUCUUCUUCUUCCUCCGCCGCCGCUGCAGGAGCGUCCUCCUCCAAACGGUGGCGGGACAUCUUCCGGGUGCCGGCGUCGGAGAAGAAGGCUGGCGGCAGCGGCGGCUUGUCGGAGCUCAACAUAAACCUGUGGCCUUUCUCCAGGAGCCGCUCCGCCGGGAACGGCGCCGGUGCCGGCAAGGACGGGCCCGCCGGCGCUGCGCGGAGGGUGAGCAGCGCGCCGUGCUCCCGGAGCGGCUCCCGCCGUGACAGGGAGCUCUCCUCCUCCUCCUCCCCCUCCGCUGGCGCCGGCGCCGGCAGGAAGUGGGCGGGCAGCGCUCCGUGCUCGCGGAGCGGCUCUCGCCGGGAGAGGGAGCCCUCCUCCUCCUCCGCCGCCGCCGCCGCCGCCAGGCCGCCGCCGCUGCCGUCGACCGGCGGCGCAGGGAGGAAAUGGGCGAGCAGCCCGAGUCGGCAGGGGCUCGCCGGCGGCGGCGGCGGCGGCGGUGGGGUGCACGUCCGGCGGGUGAGCCCGGUGUGGCGCGUUCGGAGGGGCGGUAAGAAGGGCCAUGGCGAGAACCAGGGGAGCCACUUCAACCUAAAGGCCUUCUUCUCCAGAAAGCUGUACAUAUGA